UAAGUGCGCCGGAGAUAACUAAUUUCAAGCAUGGCUGUCUAGUGUGCCUGUCAUUCCCAUUGUCCUUCCAAACUAUCUCAGACAUUUUGAGCGGGGAGCACCCAGCUAUGAGUUAGUAGGGGUUGUGACACCGAUGGUCCAAAGGGGUUGGAGCACCGGGAGGGGACGAUGACAGCGCUUAACAACUGGUGGCACUUUGGAGGAUACGGCUGGAGCUCUGUUUAUUAACAAUUAGGCUUCGCCUCGGAGGAAGAUGUGACAGCUGUCGGAGGUCCUUCCAUCGCCCCACUGCAGCAAGCAAAGCCAACACUGGGCAACCCUCUAAAAUGUUUAUUUGGACCAGUGGCCGGAGCUCUACAUCUUACAGACACGAUGAAAAAAGAAAUAUUUACCAAAAAAUCAGGGAUCAUGAUCUACUGGACAAAAGGAAAACAGUCACAGCCCUAAAAGCUGGAGAAGACCGGGCCAUACUCCUCGGGCUGGCCAUGAUGGUGUGCUCUAUCAUGAUGUACUUCCUCCUGGGAAUCACCCUGCUGCGGUCCUACAUGCAAAGUGUCUGGACAGAAGAAGCUCAGUGCUCGCUUCUCAACGCAUCCAUCACUGAAACCUUCAACUGCUCGUUUAGCUGCGGCCCAGACUGCUGGAAAAUCUCUCAGUACCCCUGCCUGCAGGUGUACGUCAAUCUCACUUCUUCUGGCCAGAAGCUUCUGCUCUACCACACCGAAGAAACAAUGAAAAUCAAUUCUGAGUGUUCGUACAUACCCAAGUGCGGCAAGAACUACGAGGAAUCCAUGUCGAUGGUGAACGUUGUGAUGGAAAACUUCCGAAAGUAUCAACGCUUCUCCUGCUUCUAUGAUCCUGAGGGCACUCAGAAGAAUGUGAUAUUGACCAAACUGUACAGCUCCAACGUGCUGUUCCACUCGCUCUUCUGGCCCACAUGCAUGAUGAUCGGCGGUGUUGCCAUCGUUGCGAUGGUAAAGCUGACUCAAUACCUUUCUCUCCUCUGUGAGAGAAUCCAAAGGAUCAACAGAUAAGGACGAAAACUCCUCCAAGAGUUAAUUACAGAUAAAAUACUGUUUUCUCAUUCUUCACCAAAGAACCUUAAGUUUGUAACGUGCAAGUCUGUUGUAAGUUCCUUACUAUAUUCUUAUAAGUAGAGCAAUAAUGCAAAAGCUGUUCUAUAUGCAAACAUGAUGUUAUUAUUAUGCAGACAACUGAAAAAAUUACUGUUUGUGUUGACGAUCUCGUUUGAUGCUGAGACCUGUACUUCUUUCCUUUCUACAGCCAGAAUUGGGCUCAAUGUGACCAUUUGCCAAACUCAGUCAAUUGACUUUCUCAGUGUAAAGGAUUCUGGGGAAAUUCACGCCUGGAGAAAAGGCAGCAAAUGACUUGUGCAUCACUGAGGUCUCACCUCUGGCUCAGCCCUGCCAAUGGAUUUCUGGUUUUGCCUUGUUGUUAUUGGUUGCAGGGGAAAAAAGUAGGGAAACAAAACAGGUUUUUUUUUGUGAGCAGGUGGCACCACACAGACUACUGCGAGGCCAGGAUAAGUAUGAGUGUUUUCUGCCUAAGUAGGACUUGGUGAUGCUAUGUGUUAGCUCUCCCAGUUCAGAAGUAAAUUUUACCCAGUGGUAUGUACAGUCUUUUGCAAACACUUUGGAGUUUUAUUUAUUUUAUGCUGUAUUUUCCUUCUGUCUUACCAACAGCAUCUUUGUCAUCUGCAGAAGCUGUAGCCAAAAAAAAAAACAACAAAAAAAACAAACAAGAAAACCAACAAAAAUCACCUUGUUCCAUUUUGUACUUCAGUGUGAGCCCUGCUGAUGGAGAUGGGACCAGAACACCUUAUGUAAAGGUUUAUUACUCAUUUGUCAUGUAUUUGCUACCAUAUCACUGUAAAGAAAAAGUAACACAAUCAGCUAUUUUUUCAUUUUUUACUUCCAACUAUU